AUGACAAGGACACAUCGCUCUGGAAUACACAUCAUGCAUCUUCACGACUCAUGUAGGCAGCGCCAUCUUGAUUUCCACACACCAAAUGCCCUCUCGCAGGAGCUUCUAGUGUUUUUAUGGGCUCUGUUGUAUGCUCUUUCUUGUUGUGAUGCCGGCUGCAAGAUCGGAAUCAUCAACCAUGAUCUAAUAGGGAACCUAAAGAUUCUUUGGAUGGUUCCAAAAAAACACCCAGACUUCAACAUCUCCACAAGCAUUGGACCCAUGGCCAUGGCGCUUAAACGAAUAAGGGAUGAACAAAUGUUGCCUGUAUACGACGGUUUCGAUGUCACGUGGAUUGAUUCUGAGUGCAAUAGCCAGAAAAGUGUCGGUCGCUUCACAGAAUACAUCAUGUCGAACGGAAACGCCGACGUAAUCAUAGGACCACCAUGCAGCAGUGUAUACGUGUUCUAUUCAAUCAGUGAAACAUUCAAGUGGACUCGAGCAGCUAUCCUAUAUGUGAACGAUGUGCCGAGUAUACAGACACUGGCCCUGACCAUGAUUAGCCAGUUUAUCAAAGACAAGGCCUACGAUCUCGUCAAGCAAUACCCCGUGUCGGCGGCGUCUACCAGGAAAGAACUGAACGCCAUUUUUAUUUUGAUAAUGGUACCAAGACGCCAACUGCGGAUGUACAUGCUGGCGUUCCACGACUAUGGGCUGACGAAUGGCGAAUAUCAGUUUCUCUUCACCGAGAUCGACCUGGAUGAGGUGAAUGUUCUCACGAGGGGGAUGAUAUGGCGAGGGGAUGAUGGCCGGAAUGAUGACGCCCGCAGCGCGUUUGGAAGUCUGCUUUACUUCACCUUUGUGUAUGUCUCGGACCAUCGGUGGACAGGUAUGAUGGAAGCAUACGAAGAAAUGUUCCCCAAAUCCACUGCUCCAAAACCAGUUGUGCCAGAUCGUCAUUCAACCUUCCUGUACGACGCUAUGCUAUUGUACGCAGCAGUAGUAAACGACACCAUUGCAAACGGGAAAACCCCUAACGGGACGGAAAUCUUCAAGGCGGUCCAGUACAAAAGACGUUUCGGAACCUCUGGGGAGGUGUUUAUGAACGGCGUGGGCGAUCGCUUCCCCAGUUUUGUUGUGUGGGAUCUCGCUCCGGAUGGUAAUUUCCAGAAGGUCCUCACCCUUAACUUCUCCGCCACGGCACCGGGAUCUCACGCCAAAUACAAUAAAACGGUUCUACGGUAUCAUGAGAUAAUUUGGGGAGACGGCCGAACUAGCGCGGAAUAUAUACCUCUCGAUGUUCCUGUCUGCGGCUUUUUUAAUGAGCUCUGCCCAGAAGAUACUACAACCACUCUAAUAUUAGCGAGCACCAUAUCGGUAGCAGCGGCGUUAGUCAUCAUCAUUGGUCUUUUCAUAAAUUCCGCCAGCGGGAGUGAUUGUGUCUCUAACGAGGGAGAGAGCUCCGCUGUUGACACCAGCCACAGUUCAGUCCUUGGAUCAUUCGGCUCCGUCAUGAAGGGCUCGUCCCUGAACGACACGAAAACGCUGUUAGCGCGGUAUCGAUCCACGAUCGUCGUCGUGAAGAGCAUCAGGAAGGACAAAAUAAAGCUAGACAGACACAUCCUCGCACACCUGAGAGAGCUGUUUUCUGUGAAGCAUCCGAAUCUGGCCACGCUAAUUGGGAUGUGUCUGGAGACGGACAACAUCAACGUCUUGUGGGAAUACUGCAUAAAAGGAAGUAUUCAGGAUCUUGUGAGCAAUUCGAUGCAGAUAAAACUGGAUGGUGCGUUUCAGUUUUCUAUUGCCAACGACAUAUGCAGGGGCUUAGCGUUCAUUCACGGCGGACCCAUGAAAUACCAUGGCAAUCUGAAGAGUACGAAUUGUGUAAUUGAUAACCACUGGGCGUGCAAGUUGACAGAUUUUGGAAUGGAGCCAUUAAGACUGGGACAAUCAUUGGAAGAACACGUUACUGAGACAGACGAGUACUCAAAAUUAUUCUGGAUGGCUCCAGAGCUGCUUCGUCACCACCUGCUGCGGAUGCCGUACAUCCUGACCCAGCAGGCCGACAUCUACGCGCUGGGGAUCGUGCUCAAGGAACUGCUCUGUCUGAACACUCCGUACUCAGAGGAACACAAUCUCACGCCUAAAGCGAUCGUUCAGCUGGUGGCCCACCCGACUGACCGGCUGAUGCGGCCGAUGAUCCAGGACCUGCAGGACGACUACGCGUCCAUCCGGAACGGCUUCAAGAAACUCAUCUGCAGCUGUUGGGCCGAGGACCCCCUCAACAGGCCGGUCGUCAAGAAGAUCAUCGGCACCAUCAAACAACUCAGUCCUUACAAAUCGUCGACAGUUCUGGACAACAUGUUCAUGAUGAUGGAGCGCCACUCGAACCGACUGGAGGAGAUGGUCAUGGAGCGAACGGCCAACCUCGAGGAUGAGAAGAAGAAGACGGAGGCGCUCCUCUACAGGAUGCUGCCAAAGACAGUAGCUGAUGAAUUAAAGUUGGGAAAGCACGUGAAAGCGGAAUAUUACGAUUCUGUGACGGUCUACUUCUCCGACAUUGUUGGAUUCACCAGUCUCGCCUCACAGUGCACCCCUAUGCAGAUAGUGGAUUUUCUCAACUCACUGUAUUCUCUGUUCGAUGACAUCAUCCAGAAAUAUGACGUCUAUAAGGUAGAGACCAUAGGGGAUGCGUACAUGGUGGCAAGCGGACUUCCGUUACGCAAUGGGGAAAAGCACGUGACGGAGAUGGCGGACGUGUCGCUGAACUUGUUACAGUGUGUGCUGAACUACCAGAUUCCCCACCUGCCGAGCAGACAGUUACAGAUUCGAAUAGGUUUACAGUCGGGUCCAGCAGUGGCUGGUGUGGUGGGGCUAACGAUGCCCAGAUACUGUCUCUUUGGUGACACCGUCAAUACCGCAUCCAGAAUGGAAUCCAACGGAAGACGUAAGCGAACUAAUUUGAUUUAUUAA